GACUUUUAUCACUCUGCUCGAAGCCGCCGCUGAAUGAAGAAGGAAAUGAAGAAGGAGCAAGAGAGGGCGGUGGCACAAGGCGCAGUAUUCUGGAUCGAAACCUCCGAUUCCGUCUCCCGUCACUACCAAUUCCACUCCAAUGGAGACCUCUCGAUGAAAGUGGUGGAUGACUCGAGAACAGUGGUACACAGAGUGGUCGAAUCGUUCCUGAACAAGUUUUUUCCUUCGGGGUAUCCUUACAGCGUGAACGAGGGGUAUCUGAGAUACACGCAGUUCCGGGCUCUGCAACACUUUUCCAGUGCGGCAUUGUCUGUGCUUUCAACUCAGUCACUGCUAUUUGCUGCAGGUUUGCGGCCUACUCCUGCACAGGCAACUGCUGUAAGUUGGGUUUUAAAGGAUGGGAUGCAGCAUGUAGGAAAGCUCAUAUGCAGCAACUUGGGUGCAAGAAUGGAUUCAGAGCCCAAGCUUUGGAGAAUUCUGGCUGAUGCUCUUUAUGACUUGGGCACUGGCUUGGAAGUUCUGUCUCCUUUAUGUCCACAUCUUUUUCUUGAAAUGGCAGGCCUUGGGAAUUUUGCAAAGGGAAUGGCAGUGGUUGCUGCUAGAGCAACAAGAUUGCCAAUUUAUUCUUCAUUUGCCAAAGAAGGCAAUCUUAGUGACCUAUUUGCAAAAGGGGAGGCCAUCUCAACUCUCUUUAACGUUGUUGGUAUGGGAGCAGGGAUUCAAUUAGCGUCUACUAUUUGUUCAUCAAUGCAAGGAAAGAUGAUUGCUGGGCCUCUCCUUUCUGUUAUACAUGUUUACAGUGUCAUUGAGGAAAUGCGAGCGGCUCCUGUCAACACAUUGAAUCCUCAGAGAACUGCAAUGAUUGUGGCUGAUUUUAUCAAGACAGGGAAAAUAUCAAGCCCAGCUGACCUAAGAUACCAAGAGGAUCUCAUAUUUACUGGACGACUCAUAGAAGAUGCAGGAAAUGUGAAAGUAGGAAGGGAUCUGCACAAGGUUGUUAAGCCUUCAAAGCUUUGCAAAUUGAAAGGAGUAUUCCCUGAGGAGAAGUUUCUCCUAUGUCAUGGGAAGAAAUGGACAGAUAUGGUAUUGGAGCAUGAUGCUACAGGUGAAGAUGCAUUGAGGGGUUGGCUAGUUGCUGCAUAUGCUGCAAACCUGGAGAAAACUGAUCAUGAGCCAAGUAUGACUGUCUUGCAAGAGGCCUAUGAUAAGAUGAAUAGUGUUUUCUCUACAUUUGUGUCCAAACUUCAGGCCAAAGGUUGGCAUACAGAUUGUUUUCUUGAUGGAACAGGAAGCCGUUUUGCCUGGUAGUAUUUUGCAGUUUCAGGCCAUGGCAAUUGCAACUACUGGAAGAAAAUUGUGCAGGAGCAUAACUCCGAAGACACUAAUUCAAGUGCUAGUAACAUCAUUACUUCACCGAGUCAUCUUUCUUAUGCAUUGACUCUGACCAUUUACAUCAGGCCUUUAGAUUGCUAUUUGAUUAAGGACUUCAUCAAAUCAUAGCUCUGACUUUGAAAUCUUGCACUGUGAACACACUUUACUAAAUGACUUUGAAAAAUUUGUACAGAUUUUACCAGUCUGUUUGAUAACUCCAUUGAUGAGGGUGAUGAGAUGUUUAAGCAAGGUAGAUGUCCAAUUGACUUUCUAGACAA